AUGCACCCAGGGCCUUACAACCCGCCACCAGGCUACGCCCCUCCUGGCCCAUAUGGCCGUAAUGUUCCUCGUUAUGGCCAUCCCGGCGCAGGAAGUCGUAGAGGUGGUUGCAGUUGCAUGAAGGUGUAUUGUUGCUGUUGUUGUUGCUUGUUCACAACGGUAUUGUUGUUAAUCGGUGCCUUGGUUGCUACGUUUUUCAUAGUUGACCCCAAGACACCCAAAUUCACCAUGGAUGGCUUUGAAUCCAAGUCCUUCAAAAUUAACGAUGAUGGCAGCAUCUCGUCACAGUUUCAAGUCGCUGUAAAACUUGAGAAUCCCAACAAGCACCUCGAAUUUAUUGUCGGAGAAACAAAGAAUCCGGCGGACAAGGCGAUCGGAAUCAUGUACCAAAAUGUCCAAGUGUGUUCGGGAUCCAUCCCAAAUUUCAGUCUAACAAAAACGAGCACGAAAACGGUAAACAUGGAUCUCAAUGGGGAGUUGAAAAAAGAUAGUUUAGGAGAUGGCUCCAGUGAUUCACUUGCUGAUAAAUUGAAGAAGGACGACAAAAUUCCUUUGCUUCUUACAACAAUGAUACCAAUUAAGCUCAAGUUGGCAGGGAAGGAAUUGUUCUCGAAUGUUCGGUUCGUUGUUGGUGUCAACACCACCAUGAACGUCAAGAAUUUUGGUGAAGGCAAGAAGCUUGAUGUUUCAGACAAAAAAAUUGAGACGGCGUUUUAUAUUAAUAAAGCUUAUCACAAGUUUAGUGGUGAUAGUUUUUUUUAG